AUGCAUCCUCUUCACAUCUUCCUCACCGUUGGCGUGUCAACAGCCACUGCCUUACCCAGCUUAGAGUCCCGCGAGAUCCUCGCCUAUAGAAGCUGGGAUCUCCGCCUCUUCAGCGAGGCUGUUCCGACCUGCAAUGUGAACACGUCCAAUAUCGAGUUUAAUGUCUUCCAUCGCUACGGCGCCCAGGACCGCUCAUGCGAGGCUCUCGAUGGCGCGUACAAUACGAUGGUGAAGAGUCUGUCGUGGAAGAGCCCGAUUGAAACCGACUGGCAUGAUCUGUGUAUGUUUAGUUCAUCGGAUUGUGAUGCUGGCAGCUUUGUAGGCAGCAUUACGGAUGGAUGGGAAAUGUGUUAUCCAUUCAGUGGAUGGAGUGGGUAUUCUGUUGUUUCGCAUGGCAGUGAUUGUGUUUGA